UUGAGUUGGAGGAGCGGAGAAGCGAUGGCGGUGCACCCAUAGACUUCCCGAGCAAAGUUAAGUUGCUCUGAAAAUGUCAUUAGAUUCACGCGCGAUAAAAGUGCAGUUUUUCGAAAACUUUUGGAGAGCUCGCGGUUGACUGACCCGCGCGCGCGUGACCGGGAAGCGCUUCACUCUGUGCCCGAGCGACGUGUCCUUGGCGACGGCAGACUUUCGGGAGCCGCUGAUAUUUUGUGAACUUCGGAGAGGAGUCGGGCGAGCUAAUGCGUUAGCACGGCACUUAGCCUGUCGUGUUUAACUCAUACAACGUGUGUGUUUAGUAGCUAUGGUGGAUGGCUAUUUUUGUACCAGCAGAGAAGUUAAUAAUUUAACUUUUAAAAGAAGUAUCUCAGGUGUUGAAAUAAUCGUAUGAACGUUUAGCUUGAUUCAUUCGCAUGGGAUGAGCAGGUACUUUGCACCUGUAGCCCGACGGCAUUGAAAACGUACAAGCUGGUAUGUUGUUGGAUAGUUUCUUUUUUUUUUAAACAGAGUUUAAUUGUCUUUAAAUUAAGACACAUUUGCAUUUCCCGUUGCGUUGAAUUCAACAGAAAGACUGAUAAUGUAGUUUAUACUGUCAGAAAUAAACGUCGCUGGUUUAUAAAACGCCGCGGCUAAUGCUGAUGUCCGAGCUUCACAGACACUUCGUGCUCCGAAAUUGUUUAGCUGGCUUAUGUGGAAACAAAGCAAUGAGUCUCUUAACCUCUGUUAAGCCAGACUUAACCUGAGCCACUCUCCAUUAAUGAAGCGUUCAUUUGAUAUAAAGUGGGAUUUGUGAGGAACUCCGCUCAGUCCAGUUGAAACUGUUUUGUUUAGACGCGUCAGGUUUUACUCUGAUUUGACAUCAGUGCACCCUAUGGUGCCCCUGCAGGCACCGAGACAUGGAUGUUCCCCAGGCCGUUAUCCCAAACGGUGAGGGGCGCCUGAGCCUCGACGACCAUGUCUGGACGGAGUCCACAAACUCGAGGGCUUGGGCUCAUUCUGCUCCCCUGUGUCCCCGCUCGCUCUGGACCGCGGUGUUUGACUAUGAGGCCAGCGGGGAGGACGAGCUCAGCCUGCGGCGAGGAGACGUGGUGGAGGUCCUGUCUAAAGACGCUGCCAUCUCGGGAGACGAAGGGUGGUGGACGGGAAAAAUUAACCAUCGCGUGGGCAUCUUCCCAUCUAAUUAUGUUACAUAUCAACCAGCCAUCUACAGGCUUCCCGCGGGGGCCGCGGUGGGGGCUCCGGAGACCGACCCGUCUGCCCCUGUUCGGAUACCGUUCUCUGAACUCAUUAUAGAAGAAAUAAUCGGCGUUGGUGGCUUUGGCAAAGUUUACAGGGGGAAUUGGAAAAACCAGGAGGUCGCAGUGAAGGCAGCUCGGCAGGACCCCGACGAAGACAUCAAAGCUACUGCGGACAGUGUUAAGCAGGAAGCCAAACUUUUCUCAAUGCUUCAACAUCCUAAUAUUAUUCAACUAGAGGGGGUGUGUUUGGAGGAGCCGAACCUGUGCCUAGUUAUGGAAUAUGCCCGUGGAGGGACUCUGAACCGUGCCUUGACGGGCAGAAAGAUCCCACCUCACAUCCUUGUGAACUGGGCCGUCCAGAUCGCCAGGGGCAUGCACUAUCUCCAUGAAGAGGCUGUAGUUCCCAUCAUUCAUCGCGACCUGAAGUCCAGCAACAUUUUAUUACUUGAAAAAAUCGAAAAUGACGACAUUGGUCGAAAAACCCUGAAGAUUACUGACUUUGGCCUGGCUCGGGAGUGGCACAAAACAACCAAGAUGAGUGCAGCUGGCACUUACUCCUGGAUGGCUCCUGAGGUCAUCAAAUCCUCCCUGUUUUCCAAAGGGAGUGAUGUCUGGAGUUAUGGUGUCCUGCUUUGGGAAUUAUUGACUGGAGAGGUUCCUUACCGAGGAAUUGAUGGCUUGGCAGUUGCCUAUGGUGUGGCCGUCAACAAAUUAACCCUUCCCAUUCCAUCUACUUGUCCCGAGCCUUUUGCCAAGCUCAUGGAGGAAUGCUGGGAGCAGGAUCCUCAUAUCCGUCCAUCCUUUUCUGCCAUCUUGGAGCAGCUGAUUGCCAUAGAGGAGGCAGUGAUGGCCACAAUGCCACAGGACUCCUUCCACUCAAUGCAAGAGGACUGGAGAGUGGAAAUCCAGGAAAUGUUUGAUGAGCUACGCACUAAAGAAAAGGAGCUCCGUUCUCGUGAGGAAGAGCUGACACGAGCGGCCCUUCAGCAGAAGUCUCACGAGGAGCUGUUGAAGAGGAGGGAACAGCAGCUGGCCGAGCGAGAGAUCAACGUUCUUGAACGGGAACUCAACAUUCUCAUUUUCCAACUCAACAAGGACAAGCCCAACGUUAAGAAACGAAAGGGCAAGUUUAAGCGCAGUCGCCUUAAACUCAAAGACGGCAACCGCAUCAGCUUACCGUCAGAUUUUCAGCAUAAGAUCACAGUUCAGGCCUCUCCCACCAUGGACAAGAGAAGAAGCCUCAACAGCACUAACUCCAGCCCUCCCAGCAGCCCUACAAUGAUUCCUCGUCUCCGAGCCAUCCAGUUGAGCCACCCAUGUGACACUAGCCGAAGGGACAGUAUGUUUGUGUAUCACCAGGAUGUGGAUAUCACAAGCGAGUGUAAACCACCUAGCGGUUUUAGGAAGAAAGUGACCCUGGAUGAGAGCAAUAGAACAUGGGGUCGAAGCACCAAUUACAAACCUGAAGAUUUUGAAGAUGUUAAAAAAGGGAUUAAGAAGAAAGGCCGAACAUGGGGACCAAGCUCUGUACAGACGAAGGAAAGAGGAAAUUGUGCUGAAAGAGUUCGACCUCUCUCUGAUGGAAGCAGUCCCUGGUCCACGAGUCUCAUGAAGAGCCAGAAAUCUGUUCCAUUGGCUGCCUUAUUUGCUGAGCAAGCAACCAGUAAAGAUGAACCAUGUCCUGCUGAUGGAUCUGACAACAAACCAAAGCAAUUCAAGUUCCCCAACCAGGUGUAUAUCGAUCUACCUCUGUGGAAAGAUGAACAGGGGGACAACCAGGGACCGGGUGGAGGAGGUGAGAGCCAGGACGACCCAACAACAUCCACAAGUUCCACCAGCACCACACCCCAGCACACACCCACCAACAGCCUUAAACGCGCUACCACACGCCGGCGCACAGACUCUGUCCUUUACGGCUGCGCCUCCAUCCUGGCAUCCGUCGCGCUUGGCUUUGACCUGCGGGAGGUUUGCAAGGCCACCAGCAACGAGGAACCAGAGCCACGUGAGGAGAAGAAGAAACGAGAGGGACUUUUUCAACGUGCUACUCGCUUCCGUCGCAGCACCAGCCCACCUGGGGGCCGUUCACGAAAGGAUGAGGUUCCUGCAGGGCCUGUCAACCUGCUCGCCAUGUCAUCAAUUUCUGAGUGCAACUCCACCAAGUGCCUCCUGCAUUCAGAUUUUGAGUACAGCCCGGUGAAGGAGUCUCCACUCAGCAGUCUGCAGAUUCAGAAUACGAGUGUACAGAGUGUGGCGACCCCAGCAAAAAGUGACGCUCCCCCCUCAACCCCCUUACAAGAUCAUUUAACUGGAUCUAACUCUCGGCUUAGGAGAAAGAAGUCCAGCCCCGCGGUGUGUCAGACAACUAACGGCAACGGUAACUCCCAGACCAAUCCCGUUGAUUCUUAUACCACCGGCUCCUCCUUAAAAAUUAAACCUGAACCUGCUCAAGAGAAGCAAACCCCCAGUGAACCAGUAUCCAGACCCAGACCACUUUCCCUAAGAAAGUCUCAUUCUUGGGGACUUCUUAAGAGUCGCAACAAGACCUAUUCUCUGGGGCACUGCUCUGGGGGCAAAAGUGCCCAAACCUUGGACAUUUCCUUCUCCUCGGACAUCAAAAUGGACUGCUCAUUGCUGGAUGUGGACACUGAGGGUCAAAAACGAGACUGCACAGUUCCCCUCUGUCGCAUACAGAGCGCCCCAGGUCGGCCUUGUGUCUUUGAGCUAGAGAAAGAGUUUUUUUCCUGAAAUAAGCUGCCUUUUCAUCUGGACGCAUUUUUAACUUGAAUUUGUCAUUUAGAUGUUUAUAUCUCUUCCUGAAGAUUAACAUCAUGGCCUUUGAUCAAUAUUUGAGCCAUUGCUGCUGGAGUUAAUCUGUAGUAUGUUUAUUUAUAUUCUGUUUACUUUAUGUAAUUUAAGAUGACGUGAAAUAUAUGAAGUAAAUGAUCAACAUUCCACUGGAUUUGCAGUAGAAGUGCUGGUUUGUAGCGUUUAAGCAAUAACUUACUAUUUGUAAACAUUUUACACCGAUGAACAGUAGCUCUUCUUUUAGAAACUAAAGUAUUCAGGCAUUUUUGUCAUCUGUUUCUGUGUCAUGUAAUGUCAUGUGAAAGACAUAAACAGGGCCCACAGUGUUUUUAUAAAUAAUAUUAGAUGUUGGAGUAAAGAGUACAGUGGCGUACUGUAGCUAAUGUGAAUGAACAAAAUAACAAAUUGAUUCCUGAAACAAGCAGACAUUAGCAUUCAAAUAAUAUUUUCUAUUUGGUUGGUUGGUAUAGUCCUUGAAAGGUUUGUUGGAAACCCAUUCAUUGACUUGCAGUUUAUUAUCUACUAGAAUGAAAUAUUUUUAUCUUCAUGACCUUGCAUUCCAGGCAUUCCCUAUAUGACCUUUGAAUUCAGAUCAAUUUUAUAGGUUACAUAUAACUCAUGUUAUGAAUUUUGUAUUUCUGAGACACUGUCUUAAAGGGACACUCCACUUUUUUUGAAAAUAUGCUCAUUUUCCAGCUCUCUUAGAGUUAAACAUUUGAUUCUUACCGUUUUGGAAUCCAUUCAGCUGAUCUGGCUCUAGCACUUUUAGCAUAGCUUAGCACAAUCCAUUGAAUCUGAUUAGACCAUUAG